AUGUCAAUGUCCACUUCAAUGACUUCAGCAUCAUCAUCGUCUAGCUCAAUGAUGGGCGAUUCGACUGGCAUGCCAGCGACGAUGAACAAGGCAAAUCAGGUCAUGUUGAGGAUAUACUUUGUAGAUGAUACUCACAAGACAUUGAUGAUCGACCCAAAGAUGAUCACUGGCGAGCAGCUAUGGGACAUGGUAUCCGAUAAGAUUGGCAUCAAGAAUCGCGACGCUGAAUGCUUCUUUGUGUGGGCACAGUCGGAUGAGAUUGAGUGGCUGCUAUACAGUCAUCAGAAGAUACAGGAGGUGAUCACAGGUUGGGAGACGAUCAAGAAGCGCUACGUCGACGACCAGACCUCGCCCACCAUCCGAUCAGUCGGCACCAUUCGCAGCAAGAUCGUGCCAACCCUCACUCGCAAGUUGUCCUCGCCCACACUAUCAAGCUCCAAUGGCAGCAGCAGCAGCAAACAGACUAGCCCAUCAACGCUAAAGACAAAGAAGGGUGUUACACCAUCAAUGUCCACAUCGAUUGCCGCGGACCACGAGUCGAAGCUGUCGUCAUCGUUCCCCACGCUAGGCGAGCAGGGCAUGUUCCGACUGGUGUACAGAGCGACCAGCGUAUUGCCACUGUCAAUGGAGCGAUCGAUCGUGUCGCCCGAGGCCAUACAUCUGUUCUAUAUCCAAGCGAUACAUCAUGUGAUCAACAGCAACUAUCCAUGCGACGAGGACAUUGCGCUGAAGCUGGCGUCCAUCCAGCUGCAGGUGACCGUAGGCGAUCAGAAGCCCGAGCAUCAGACACAUCUUCGCGAGUCACUACCAAACUACAUUCCAUAUCAUCUGGAGAACAAACAUAAGCCCGAGGAGUGGGUGUCGUUGUUGAUGCCACAACAUACACUGCUGCGUGGCUCCAAUGCCAUUGCAUUGAAGAAGGCGUACUUGGAGACAUGUCAGCGAUGGGUAUACUAUGGAUCAACCUUCUUCAAGGCCAAGUACGUCCCAACUACCACCUCCUUCUUCCUUCAAGAGUUUGAAGGUAAAGUCCGUAUAGGUAUCAAUGGAUAUGGUGUCCACAUCAUUGAUCCAAAAGCAAUGGAGAUCAUCUGUUGGGAUUCAACAACAAGCUCAUUCUCAAUCCAGGUACAGUUGGCAAGUGGAUCUGGGCGAUCGACAUCAUCAUCAUCAGCUCAGAAGGGAUACAUAUUCAAGACGUCCCAGGGAGAGUUGAUCGAUGACUUGCUCCAUGAUUGGAUGGAGGAGUGGACAAAGGAGAUGAAGAAGGAUUCGUCAACCUCUUUGAGUCCAGCCAAGAAAUAG